CCAAUCUUAAUCCAAUUUGGAAUCCUCUUUCGUUUCUUAUUCAUUAUCCGCUGAACUUAUAUGAAAUUCAGCUAAAGACAAAAGCUUAUAACAAAUUUUUUCUGAUUCAAGCUGCUCUAUUUCAUACACCUAGCAGUUUGUUUUGUUCGUUUGCCCUUUCGUCAAAUUCACUAUAAUAAAAGCAAUGGACCACAGUAUACUGAUAGACAAUAUAGCGGAUGCAAAGAUAGAGAACAUUAAUGGCGACCACACCUACAGUGGUAAUGGCAUAAAAGCUGUAGAUGCAAUACUGCUUUCGAAUUCGGGUUCAAUGUCCAAUCAAAACGACCCCUUUGCAAUUUGCGACCAAGAAAUCGUCUUGGACUUGAGUAUUGGGAAUAUAAUAGAUCUUGAUAGCGAAAGUUAUGUAGAUGGUUCUCUGAAACAUAACCAGGAAUCAGUGGCCAUAGUUCAGCAAAACAGCUCUGUUAAAAGGAUCAAUCUCCAGGACGACUUAGCACACAACGAAGAUUUCAUUGGCUUUGACUUUUCUGAUUCUGAUGAUCAGUCUGCUUCAAAAUACACUGACAUAAAAUCUAAAUCUAAAUCCAAAAAGAUAACAAGAAAACCAGAUGAAUCUCGUGAGUCUCAUAAAUCUCAUAAACAUCCGAAAAUACCCACUGAAACAGACUAUAAUAAAUAUGACGACUAUAAAGACUUUGACGACUCAGCUAUCCAGCUUGGUUCUGAUAGCGACACCUUUGGAAAGAACACUGACGAUGAACACACUGAAUCUCAAUCAAAUCUUCGUCCCAUUAAUAACAAAGUAUUCUGGCUUCGAGAUCAUGAUCACUCAGAACUAAGAAGCAUACCAGAUUUGCUAAAUACUGAAAUUGAAGACUUUGUCAGUUUUAUAUCCCCAACAAAGGAAGAAAUCAAACUUCGUAAUAAUUGCUUUGAAACCUUAAGCUCGAUAAUAACAAAUUUUUGGCCUGAUACUAAAGUUCAUGUUUUUGGUUCCUAUGCCACUGAUUUAUACUUGCCUGGCUCAGAUAUCGAUAUGGUUGUGGUAUCAAAAUUCGGCAACAAAGAGAAUAGAUCAAAACUAUAUGCUCUAUCCUCAGCUUUAAGAAAAACUGGCUUAUUCUCAAACUUGGAAGUCAUCGCAAAGGCAAAAGUGCCGAUCAUCAAACUAAUCCAUAUCCAUUCUAAAAUUCAUAUCGAUAUCUCGUUUGAAAGAACUAAUGGCAUUGAAGCCGCAAAACUAAUUAGAUCUUGGUUAGUUGAAACCGAUGGCUUGAGAGAAUUGGUUCUCAUCAUUAAAGUUUUUCUUGCCUCAAGAAGACUAAACAAUGUUCAUCUUGGUGGUUUAGGUGGCUUUUCAAUCAUUUGCCUAGUCUACAAUUUCCUAAACCUACACCCAAAAUUGUCUUCAAGCACAAUUCUAGCAAAAGAAAAUUUAGGUAUCUUGCUAAUAGAGUUCUUUGAACUAUAUGGCAGAAAUUUCAAUUACGAAAACAUUGCAAUUUGUGUCUCAAACAAAAGAGGCUGCUGUUAUUUACCAAAACAGAACUACUCAGAAUUGAAAACAAGAACCACUUUUGGUCUAUCUAUUCAAGAUCCUUUAGAUCCUAAAAACAAUAUCAGUAGAGGCACUUUUAACAUAAUUGAUAUCAAAAAGGCCUUUUCCGGUGCUUUUCAAUUGUUAACUACAAAAUGUUACGAACUAUCUCCUACCACUUAUAAAGAAAGAUUUGGAAAGACCUUAUUGGGUGAUGUAAUCAAAUAUAAGGGCGAAAAUAGAAGUUUUAAUGAUGAUAGAAACUUAGUCAUAAAUAUUGCAAUCAUAGAUAAUGACUCCUUUUUCAAUGAAAUCGAACAUAAAAAUAAACUACCUCCUCUAACAUCUGAUGCCAUUAGCGGCAUCCACUUUUAUUCAGAUUUGAGUGAUGAGGAUCUAAAUUCAAAUACUGUUAAUGUUAUUGAAAAUAUUCAAAAAAGGAAAAAGACUGCUAAAAAGGAUAAACAAAGUAACCAAGAUAAUCAAGAGAACCAAGAUAACCAAGAACCGCGUAAUACAAAAAAGCAAAGAAAAAUGGAAAGAAAAAGGGAAAAAUUGAAAGAGAAAAAACGUCAAGCAAGAUUACAAAAACAAAAAUUAAAAUUACAAAUGGAAAUGGAAAUGGAAACUAAAACUAAAACUGAACAGCUUACUAAUGGUGAAGCUGAAGUUAUUAUAAUAGACAGCUCAGAUUUAGAAGAAACACCAACAGAAGUUCCCGAAAAGAAAGCCAAAAAAGAAAAGAAAACUAAAAAGAGCUCAAGAAUCGAGGCAAUUAAAACAGUUAGAGAAUCAAAAUUAGAUGGUUUAAAAAAAGUAAGAGAAGCUAAAAAACAAAAAUUAAUUCAGAACAGUAAUAAAAAAAACACUGAAAAUGUUAAUCGUCAAAAUAUUACUGUUGAUCAGUUUAUGAAUAUUUCAGAUAGUGAAAGUGAUACAAAAGAAGAAGUAAUUGUGAUAGAUGGAUCAGACGAUAGUUUUGAAACAGAUGACUCUCAUUUUGAUAACAAAAAUCUUUCAAACACUUUGAACAGCAACUAUUUGACUAAUAAUUUAACAAAUAAUAAAAGGAAAUUUGAUCUUGUUGAUUCUUCCGAUUUUCAAAUAACUACAGUUAAAUUGCAAAAGACAGACAAUCAAAAGUCAGAGAAUGAUAAAAUCCAAAGUUUGUCAGAGUUAGAAAUGUCUAAAGCAAAUAAAGCUGAAAGAAGACAAUUUUGGGCAUUAAAGGGAGGAGAUAAUAUUUGAUUUUAUGUUUUUUUUGGUAUCUAAAAUUUACUAAUAGUAAUUGUAUUUAAUAUAGAGUUUUUUAUUAAUUCA